CUGGCUCUUAUUCUUCUUAUUUACAGCCAUUCGUCCCUGUCGUCCUUGUCCUCAUCGCGGCGAUCGGCUUUAUUGUCGGCCGGUAGCCUAUCGCACAUCGACCGAAUUGCCAUCGAACUUUUCGAUACUGAAAAGGCUUACGUGGAUGAUUUGUACGCAGUAAUACAGGGGUAUCUGAACUUCCUUGUCGAUCAUCGCGAUGAGCUCGGCGUGACAUUGGACGAUAUAUCGUCGUUGUUUGGCUGCAUAGAACGUAUCUAUGCUUUCAAUCGAAAACUCCUCCAACAACUAGAUAUGGCCGAUUUGGAUUGCGUGAAGGUAAGUGGAGCGUGA